GCGCCCGCGAGCAAAUGGCGAAGGCAAUGGCCGAGACGGAGCUGAAGCUCACAGCGCUCGCCACCAGGGUGGAGCAGCAGGACGAGGUCAUCGAAAACAGACUGAGGACGGUGGAGAGGUCCGAUGACGCCGGCUCCUACGUCAUGGGCGACCAGAUAUCGCAGAAGCUGGACUCGGUGACGUUUUCGCAGGAGCGCCUCAAGAGGCAGAUCAACAUGUUGGACGACAGGGUCAAGGAGACCCCGACGGAUAUCUCGGAGGUGCGGGAGCAGCUGGCGGCGGACGAGCGGCGCCUGGACGAGCAGAUUGAGCGGGAGACCCGAGAGCGGCGCGAGCAGAUAGAAGAGUUGCGGAGGAGCCGUGGCCAGGAGGACGGUCCCGACCUGUCGCGUCUGCAGAGAGACGUGGACGACGCCCAGACGUCGGUGACCAAGCUGACGGAGGCCAUGCAGGUGGUCAAGCAGGUCAUCGGCGGCAAGAUCAAGGACGGCAAGAGGGCGCGGGAGCAGGACACCAUCGACCUGAAGAGAACCAUCGACCGGCUGAACGACCAGACCCGGGACCUGAAGGAUAGGAUCAAGCAUCCAAAAGAUUACGACCAGGGGUAUUAGGCCUAUUCGCCACGGCCACCAUCAGUCUGGUGACGUUACCGCCACUUGACGUCGUCCUUCGAAUCAUCAAGGGUUCCAAGAAGGUCCUCACAAGCAAGCAACGUCUGCAGAAGCCGCGAGCAAACAUGACGUGAUCAUGGUUGACAUCACACUCGCCAGACUGUGCGAAACUCUAAUUGGAAGAACCAUAUUAUCAUAGAUUGCGUAUUGUUAUCUUGUUGUGUUUGUGUUAAGCUGCUGCCGAACAACGUUCAGUAUAAGCCUGCGCACACUCGCACAUUAUUGUGUGCUUGAUAUGCCUUUUUGCGUCUUAAUUGACACGGAAGUCAUGCUGAUUGUAACACAAAACAAAUAACGCACUGAGUUCCUCGUGUCCCCGCAAGCCUAUCUAUGUUGUAUGCAGACAUUUUAUUGGUGUAAUUUUUGCUGGAUGAUGUUGCUUCAGUGGCCAGCGUAUGCAAAUGUAUAAAAUAUCACCGUCAAAAGCAAAUUAUAGCUGAGUUGACCUAUAAGCAGUGCAUUCGUCUGCAGCUCAGAACGUGGUUAAAUAUACGCACGGCUCAGUUUUUGACCCAUGCCAGUUUCUGGCACUCGUGGAAGUCGCAUAUUUGGUUUGCAUUAGCGCGACCAGUUAUCACUGGAACCGUUUUAUCUUCUUUCUACCUUGCUGUGAUCAUGUGAGA